AUGUCGUUCGGUUCUGGUGGUGGCGCMCCUGCCGCAGAAACAGGGCCUGAGCUACCUGAGGUCGACACUGCUGAAGUAGGAUUCCUUGGGCUCGAUAAAGAUUACAAUAUCCAAUUUCUUCCUACACCAUGGCCCGAAGACGCCCUUCCCGCACCAACGAGCUCUUUGUUGGCGAUUUCGAACUCGCAAGGCUUAGUGGUUGGAGGCGGUCCAGAGGGUCUGGUAUUAGCAACGACGAAAUCGAUUCGCGAUGCUAUUUCUACCAAGGCAGAAUCCGGACCCAAAACAAAACCAUUCAAACCCCAGGCGCAUAUUUCUCUACCUAGCCGUCCGACACAUAUCGCAUUCUGUGCUGCGGAUAGUGCAUUAGCCGUGGCUAUGGAAUCGCAAAACCAGCUACUUAUUUAUGACGCUACGAGUCUCGGAAACGGCAACCCUCAACCUCAAAUCUCCAUUGGUACUAAUGGUCCGCUUCGCUCUUUAGCCGCUAAUCCUUCACCAGAAAGCGAUCUCUCUUCCUAUGUCGCCUUGAUCACGGCAAAUGGCGAUCUUCUACUUGCAGAUUUGAAAGCAGGCUCUUUAGUCAAUGGUCAAUCAGGCCCCGUCUUUAGGGAGGGGGUUGCUUCUGUUACAUGGAGCAACAAGGGAAAGCAGAUGGCUGCUGGUCUGGUAGACGGCAGCUGUGUUCAAUUAGACCCUAAAGGUUUGGUGAAAGCCGAGGUGCCUCGACCGCCAGCGCUUGAGGGCAACAAACAUGUAUCGUCCAUAUCGUGGCUGGAAAACGAUCUAUUUUUUGUGGUUUAUACACCCAAUGAAGUGGAAGAUGAUGCGGGUAUGAUCCCAGACUCGGACUACUAUAUCGUUGAGCGCCGUAAACAGCAACCUUUUUUGUACCGACAGUUGCCCCUGAUAUGUGCGCCAUUCGGUCUCAAGAGGAGCCCGGCAUAUCAUUUCACAGCUCGGCUUAGCAACUAUAAUCCCGACUUGAAGGAUGCACUGAUAAUUUCCUCGACUGCUUCGACCGAUAUUGGAUUAGCUACAAGGGUUACAACACCAUUCAAAGAAGCCGAUGCUACAAGCACAAAUGUCUUCACUACGACGACUAUCAUGGAAGAGACCAGGAGAGCAACACUGCCUUUGAAUGCAGAAUCCGGGGAGACUUCUACUAUUGGCCUUGUCCUUGACUUGACGGGCACGGAGACAGUAUCCUAUGACGUGGAAAAAGAAACCAAGACCCCUCUUCCCAAUAUUAUGGUCCUUACAAAUGAGGGCGUUCUUUCAUCAUGGUGGUUCCUUCACUUGAAAGCGAUUGAGGCUGGGUUGCCGUAUAGCGCCGCUGCGGCGGCAAGCACCAUCACACAACAGUCUCUAGCCCAAGCUCCUCCAUCCACUCCUGCUCCUGCCUUAGCACCUACGCGGGAGACCCAGUCAUCAUUCGGAAAACCGGCCUUUGGCCAACCAACCGCCUUUGGUCAAACUAGCUUUGGUACACCGCAGUCUCAGCCCAGUGCAUUUGGAAAGCCUUCGAUGCCAUCGACAACCCCUGCUUUUGGCUCGACAUCCAAAUUAGGGGCUUCUCAGCAGCCUGCAUUUGGCGCACCAUCAAGCAUUGGCGGAGGAACGAGCCUCGGAUCGACAACACCGAAUAAACCUGCCUUUGGAAGUCCCGGGACUCUGGGACAACGUGGAUCCUCAUUCGGUCAACCUGGCCUUGGCCUUGCGGCAAACUCGAAGCCAGCAUUUGGCCAGACGGGCAGUCUAGGGGGCAAAGGAUUUGGUGGUUUCGUAUCGGCCAGUUCGGGUCAGUCAAGUUUCAACACAGGAGCCACUGCGGCUGGAGGAGGUUUUAGCAAUUUCGCUACGAGCGGAGGAUUUGGAUCCGUCAUCUCAUCACAACCUACCGAGAGCCCCUUCGGAAAACCUGCAGCGGAAAGUCCCUUUGGAAAACCUGCAGCGGAAAGUCCCUUUGGAAAGCCAGCAACGGAUAGUCCUUUUGGAAAGCCAGCAACGGAUAGUCCUUUUGGAAAGCCAGCAACAGAUAGUCCUUUUGGAAAGCCAGCAACAGAUAGUCCUUUUGGAAAGCCAGCACAGUCAACAUUUGGAAAACCUAGUACACAAUCUGCUUUUGGAACUACACAGACUAUUGACGAGUCCAGGUCACCUUUCGGCCUUUCCAAAGGAGGCUUCAAUAUAGGGUCCACUUUCAAAGCAGAUACCAAAUCAGCCGCAGAUAACGAGCCGGAGUUCGGAAAGCCAUCAAAGGCCGGGGCAUUUUCGCUGGGUUCAUCAUUCGGCAAUCUCCUUGACGAUGGUGCUAAGAAGGCUAGUCCUCCAACAGAAUCUAUGGAUGAUUUAGAAGACGCAUCUACAACACCAGCGCGCGAGCAGCAACCCACAAGCCUGUUUGGAAAGCCCUCAACAUUCGGUACACCGCAGGGCUCAAUGAAGAGCCCUCCCAAGACCUCCGGCCUUUUCGGCACUCAGACUCCUAGCCAGCCAACAACAUUGUUUGGAAGCACUUCAACAGCUACGCCACUUAGUCCAUUAUCUUCUCUGUCGGAGAAGACAGUAGUACCCACUCUUAGCUUAGAGAGGGAAAAGAGCGUCGAAACGCCGCUACCUCCCGAUGCCACGAGCCGAGCCGCCUACGGACCCGGAGAUACAUCAGCUUCGUCGAAUGUUUCUAAAAGUUCAUAUGAUGAUGCGCCUUUGCCCCCCGAUUUCUUAGGAAAGCCAAAGAAUUCAGCUGAGCCGGAAGCUGCACCUUUACCCCCGGAUUUCUUAUCUGGUCCCAAAAUAGCCGACCGCGAACCAGUGGAGGAAGAAGAGGCACCUCUACCUCCCGACUUCCUCCACAAGCUGAAGGAAACGAAGAAACCUGCAGCUGAAUUUCCUUUGCCUGUCAAAGAAGAAUCUAUUUCGCUCCCACCUGAGUCAGACGGUUCGGAUGGAGACUUUGAAGAUAGUGGAGAGGAAAUCACUCAUGAUAUUUCCCCGCCAAAUGAGCCUGUAGAGUCGGAGCAUGCUAGUUUCAAAAUAUCGCCUGAGAGCUCUUAUGGUGGAACUUCUCGCAAGGAGCCCACCGGGGGUCUGUUCACAAAAGUCACUAUUCCAGACACACAGUCUCGAGCACAACCAUCAAGGCCUUUAUUCGGCGAAAUAUCGCAGCCAAAUAUUCCCCCUCCGAAACCACGAGCUGCUCCCAAAAGCCCUCGGUCACCCAGUCCAGUUCGGCCGGGUGCAAGGAGAGGCCACCUUCGUCCAGAACAAUUCCGUUCGACAAGCGCGCCCGUUGUUCCUGGAUCGAUGUUCGGGUUCAAACCGACUCCGUCGAAGCAUCCGCCAUCGCGAUUUGAAGAGCCUCUCAACCAAAGCGAUCUUAUCGAAGAGGAAGAAUCCAAAGCAGCUGCAGCUGAGAGCAAACGGCUUGCUUCCGAGGCCGAGCAUUUGUCGUCAGAUGAUGAAGACUCAUUAAGACGCGCAGAAUUAGAACAGCCUCUUUCUCCCACUCCAACAUUGGAUCCUUUUGUUCCACGACAGGAGUACAGCGGAGAACACUUUAAGCCUGGAGUCCCAGGUCAGAUUGAGAGGCUUUAUCGUGACAUCAACUCAAUGGUUGAUACACUAGGUCUGAAUUCGCGAUCCAUUGCCUCUUAUAUCUUGCACGAGGAAGAGAAUCGUUCCGCCGAUGUCAGCGAAUCGCAACAGAUUUUGUUUAGUGAUACGCCGACGAAAAUUCUAGACCAGGAGAUUUCAAUUUCUGACAUUGAGAAUGUUGAUGGGCUUCUGGAAUUCCUCGCAGCUCGUCUGGAGGAACAACAGUUGAGCGAUGUACAAGAAAAGAUCAACGAAUGCCAACGACUUCUCAGUCACGAUAUUUUCAACCUUCGUGACCAGUGUGCGUAUAUUCAAAAGACCCUUGAUUCAUACACCGAUACGGUAUCCAUUCGGGGUCAGCCUCUAUCGGCGGAACAAGCAAGUCUACAACAAGAUUUGAGGAAGGCAUCCACCACUAUCCAAUCUCAGUUGACAGAAUUAGAGCAAGGUAUCUCACUGUUGAGGGCUAGGAUUGCCGAUUCUUCCAGUGCAAAUAGAUCUAUGUCCGGGCGACCGGUUACCAAGAAACCCACGGUUGAAGCGGUCACGUCGACUAUUGCUACGAUGAUGAAUAUGGCCGAGAGCAAAAGCAGCGAUAUUGAUGUUCUAGAAGCACAAAUGAAGAAGCUUGGGAUUGAGCUCCGAGCCUCUGCUAGUCGCGAAGGCACUCCUGUCUCCACACCCGUGAAGAAAACCGGCUUCCGAGUCCCCGUCAGCCCGGAGUCAGAAGGAGGACGCAGCCCCUAUGGAACUCCUCUCUCUGCUAGCAGAUUCCAGACCAGCAUGAAUGGUUCGGCUCGGCACAGUCGGCUUCGCAGCGUUAAUUUCCAAUUGGAUCCUGUUUCGAGGCAAGAUAGCGAUGAAUGGAAGGCACGAACCCAGCGGCGAAAGGAAGUUUCUGAUAAUCUCAAAAAGGCGUUCGGCGAAAGAAAAGUCAAAGUGCGAACUAUGGAUGAUGAGUGA